AUGAUUGUCGUCAACUUGAUGCAGGCCCCAGUGAUGUUAAUGUAUAUUGACGAAUGUGCAUCAAACCCUUGCCAGAAUGGAGCAACCUGUGCAGACGCGGUUAACAGAUACAGCUGUGAAUGUGCAGUGGGUUAUACCGGCGACAAAUGUGAAACAAAUAUUGAGGAGUGUUCGUCAAAUCCUUGCCAGAAUGAAGCAACCUGUUUAGACGCAGUUAACGGGUACAACUGUGAAUGUGCAGUGGGUUAUACUGGCGACAAAUGUGCAACAAAUAUUAACGAGUGUUCAUCAAACCCUUGCCAGAAUGGAGCAACCUGUGUUGACGCAGUUAACAGAUACAACUGUGAAUGUGCAGUGGGUUAUACCGGCGACAAAUGUGAAACAAAUAUUGACGAGUGUUCAUCAAACCCUUGCCAGAAUGGAGCAACCUGUGUUAACGCAGUUAACAGAUACAGCUGUGAAUGUGCAGUGGGUUAUACCGGCGACAAAUGUGAAACAAAUAUUGACGAGUGUUCAUCAAACCCUUGCCAGAAUGGAGCAACCUGUGUUGACGCAGUUAACAGAUACAACUGCGAAUGUGCAGUGGGCUAUACCGGCGACACAUGUGAAACAAAUAUUGACGAGUGUUCAUCAAACCCUUGCCAGAAUGGAGCAACCUGUGUUAACGCAGUUAACAGAUACAGCUGUGAAUGUGCAGUGGGUUAUACCGGCGACAAAUGUGAAACAAAUAUUGACGAGUGUGCAUCAAAUCCUUGCCAGAAUGGAGCAACCUGUGUUAACGCAGUUAACAGAUACAACUGUGAAUGUGCUUUGGGUUAUACCGGCGACAAAUGUGAAACAAAUAUUGACGAGUGUUCAUCAAACCCUUGCCAGAAUGGAGCAAUCUGUGUAGACGCGGUUAACGGAUACAACUGUGAAUGUGCUGUGGGUUAUACCGGCGACAAAUGUGAAACAAAUAUUGACGAGUGUUCAUCAAAUCCUUGCCAUAAUGGAGCAACCUGUGUAGACGCGGUUAACGGAUACAACUGUGAAUGUGCAGUGGGUUAUACCGGCGACAAAUGUGAAACAAAUAUUGACGAGUGUUCAUCAAACCCUUGCCAGAAUGGAGCAACCUGUGCAGACGCGGUUAACAGAUACAGCUGUGAAUGUGCAGUGGGUUAUACUGGCGACAAAUGUGAAACAAAUAUUGACGAGUGUGCAUCAAAUCCUUGCCAGAAUGGAGCAACCUGUGUUAACGCAGUUAACAGAUACAGCUGUGAAUGUGCUUUGGGUUAUACCGGCGACAAAUGUGAAACAAAUAUUGACGAGUGUUCAUCAAACCCUUGCCAGAAUGGAGCAACCUGUGCAGACGCGGUUAACAGAUACAGCUGUGAAUGUGCAGUGGGUUAUACCGGCGACAAAUGUGAAACAAAUAUUGACGAGUGUUCAUCAAACCCUUGCCAGAAUGGAGCAACCUGUGUUGACGCGGUUAACAGAUACAACUGUGAAUGUGCAGUGGGUUAUACCGGCGACAAAUGUGAAACAAAUAUUGACGAGUGUUCAUCAAAUCCUUGCCAUAAUGGAGCAACCUGUGCAGACGCGGUUUACAGAUACAACUGUGAAUGUGCAGUGGGUUAUACCGGCGACAAAUGUGCAACAAAUAUUGACGAGUGUUCAUCAAACCCUUGCCAGAAUGGAGCAACCUGUGUUGACGCGGUUAACGGAUACAACUGUGAAUGUGCAGUGGGUUAUACCGGCGACAAAUGUGAAACAAAUAUUGACGAGUGUUCAUCAAACCCUUGCCAGAAUGGAGCAACCUGUGUAGACUCGGUUAACAGAUACAGCUGUGAAUGUGCAGUGGGUUAUACCGGUGACAAAUGUGAAACAAGCGAUGUUGAAGGUAUUAAGCUGGAUAUCACCGUGAACAUCCCUAGAGAAGACUUAAGACAGGUUGAUUUUGACGAUCAUGCAACUUUCGUUAAGUGGGCCACAGAUGUUAAAGAAGAGAUUAAAAAGAAAUAUAGUCAGAGCAUGAACAGCCAUCUUAAAGACAUUUUAAUUCAUAGCUUGUCAAAGGGAAGCUUACUAGUGAACUUGACUAUCUUUAAAGCUAAAGGCUUUGAAUCGGCACAACAAUUUUCAGCCGCAACAAUUGCAUUGACGCAUGGUGAUUUAACAGUAAAUGGAUUAACUGGAAACGUAACUGCUCUAAUAGUUGGAAAAACAUCAAUUAUCGUAAAAGCAGAUGAUGAUAUAAUGCGUUGUAACUUAUUUCUCCUCGGCGGCGGAUAUUGUGACGACAAAUAUGAAUGCACGGUCGUAGAAUCAAAGCCUGUGUGUAAAAGGCACAAUGAAGAGCCUGCCGGUGGUGUCCAGAUGGUGGUCGUUGUUAGUUUAGGAAUAGGGAUAACUGUUGGUUUGUUCAUCUUAGUUGGAACAAUUACCUGCUGUAUGAUUCGGGCAAGGAAACAACGCUCAAAGAAACAAAGAAAUGAGAUGUUUGAUGCUCCAAUGAAUCCAGACAGAGGGGCUCACAACGCUGUGUACUCCGUGAACAGUAUUGAUGCACCGGAUGCGUCGAAUCAGUCCAAUGGGAACAUAAUGGAUAACAGACGGCAUGAAUAUGAGGGAAUCGUGUAUUAG